AGGCUACGAUCAAUUAGGUUUUGAGUAAAUAUAUAGAUAUCUGGAUCUGAUACGUUCCCUGGUGUUUUACUCUUAUUUGAACAAAGAGGAUCCUGUCAUUAAGACGAUGACCUCCUUCUUUACGUAUGUUAUGUGUAGUAAGUUGAGAGGAGGUUUUUUGGUAUUUAUUCCCUCGUUGAUAAAGUGAACCCAUUGUGCUUCUCUGAUCCUGACUAUGGCCACUUUAUGACCACCUCCUGAUCACAGAGGAAAUACUGAAGGAUUUUGCUCCUUUGCGCCCGCAAAGAACCACGACAAUCAUGUUGGUGUUCUUCUUGCGCGUGGUCGACAAGUGCGACGACAGCUACUUGUGAUUCAGCGGAGAGCCGCCGCGGGGGCGGAUCAACAUACAACGCAGUGAAGACCGCCGCCUGACUUAUUUCGCAGCUUCUCACGACAUAGCGCUGCCGUGUUGUAAUGAUGGCCGGCGGCGCCGUCCAAGAAAAGAAGGCUGGCGACUCAAGAACUACACCCGGAAGAAGUAGCACGGAUGAUGGUAGUACGGCGCGAAGAGAUGUUGGUGACCACACGACGAAAAGCAGUAAUAAAGCGCGCACCGGCGAGGAUCACCACCACCUCGGUGGAACAAAUAAUGACCCGGAGCUGCAGCAGAGCGCCGACUACGGCUCCGCCACAUCGUCCAGUGCCGUCUCAGGGGAAAUACGGAUGCCGAGCUACAUCACGUCACAACACCGUUCGGGCGCUAGCGACACGGCGACGGAGUCCUCGAAAAACGCCGCGGAAGUCCCUCCACCACCGCCGUAUCAAACAAAAAAAGUUCGUCACGAUCACUCAUGCGCAUUUUUGCAAUACAAAAUUGGCUGUCAUGCGUAAAAAUGCAUGACAGCCAAGCUUCAUAGGGGAUUUCCCUAUUAUUUCUGCAAUACAAGGUAAACUUGUGAUGCUAAAAAAAUUUGUAAUGCAAAACCUGCAAGUUAGUGACUGUGACAAACUUUUUUCUUUCCAUACGCCGGACGAGCUGUAUAUCAAUCCGGGAGGAGGCCCAUCCACUUCCACAGCGACCGGCGACGAGGCAUUUGCAGCAACCGCUGGACGAGGGGGAAAUAAUUACUACGGCGGUAAUACAAUUACGACGGCUGAUGUCGGUGCUGCCGCUUCUUCGGCCUUGGAAGAUGAUUAUCAACCGAGAGGACUUGUCCCGGAGGGCGAAACUAGCAGCCUCAACAACCCGCCGCAUCCCUCCUCGAGCGAGGAAAAUAAUGAUGGCGGCGCAACGAGCACCGUGGAUAUCGAGCCGAUUCCCAUCGGCGCAGGAGGGGGAAAUGCCAGUCUCAACUCCUCCCAGCAUCCACCUCCGGGGGAUUUGAUGUCCUAUUUUCCCAGCACCAGUUCCUCUAACAUCACUCCGCCGCCGGGAAUGGUCUCCCCGGUGAAAUCGCCCGGCAAGCAUAUAGUGCCCAGCUUCGGCGGAGCCGGAGGCGCGAAAAAGGGUGCGCCGCUGGGCAAAAAGGGUCCCAGCGUCGACUCGGCACCGAGUAACAUCCUCCGAAUGCUGGGAAAAACCGCCUCUGCCGCGUCCACUAACGCGGCGAACAGUGCAGGAGGGGGCCCGCCCGGGAGCAACCCCGGUGGCGGAAAAGGGGGGUUGCCACCCGGAAACAAAGGUAUUGCUACCUGUAGUUUUGUGUGUGAACGUGAAGCAUGUUGCUUGCUGUUACCCAACAACUCAAAAAUCUAUGCAAUUUGAAGUUCGUAACGUGUAACACUCUAGGUGGCGGCGGUUUCUUUGGGGGAAUGGGUGUUGGGGCGCAGUCCAAGGAUGAAGCAGGAGAGGACGAGAAUAAAGUCGAGGAGGAAGAAGACCCACAAAAGGUCAUCGAGGAUCUAGAAGCAAAGGACGGCUUCGAGAAGGAAAACGACCUGGUUACAUUCUUCAAAUACAAGGUAAUCAAUGUUAUACCAGUUAUACCUGGUGUCGUCCUGUUGCUGUUUCUAUUGAUGCAGACUCGACAUGCUUCUUGUGAGUGAAAACAUAGCAGCUGCAUCGCAAGCAACAAGGAACAGUACCAAAGUCAAGUAGGCCUACUUCAUGAACUACGUCGAGCUCGACCUUCUUAUCUUGACGCGCAAGUACAUCGAUUUGAUUUUGUGGAGAGAUCUGACCUUACGACCACGACAGGUGGCCGGCGACUACACGUACACGCACUCGUCCAUAAUUGGCUCCGCGGAUCAGCGGAUGCCCCGGACGGGGAAACUGAACGUGACCAGGCAAGAUCACAUGACCAAGCUGUUCUGCGCGAUCGCGUUCUUCUACCGCCAGAAGCGCCCCUUGACGCUGGUAGAAAUGGCGACAACGCGGUUCCGCUUCUACGAAGAUGUGGACCUCUUCUUACCCCCGGGCUUCGUCGAUACCGGCGAAGAAAUCAAGGCACUAGAAAGAAGAUGGAUAGCGCAACUGCUGAAAAUUAGAGGUACUUUGCUGAACUACAUAGCAGGUCCUGCUUUUCAUGUUCACCUCCGGGUUCGAUUUGCAAUCCAUAUCCAAAUUUUCGUUCCAGCAGAGCGACGUAGGGUACAAAUAACACGUUACCUCCUGAUUGCUGCACCAGUAGAAGACAUGUGUACUAGAACAAGUUCAGAGCUACCUCUACAUUCUGUACUCCAAAAAUCACGAGAAAUCUAUCACCAGGUGCGGUGUUUGGUGCCGUGUGGCGUUCGGAUGACGUGCUGGGGAUCUGCCAGAAUUGCUUGAAAACCACGGUGCACGUGUUUUCCUCCUCCGGUUUUUCCACGAAGUCGCAGAGCUACAAAGUUUCCCUGCAUUUCGUGUGGCCCCACCUGGUUGUGACAAAGCGGGAGGCCAAGGCCAUCCGCGGUGCGACAAUCGAGUUUCUUCGGGAGAACACGUCCCCGGAACAGGAGGCGUUGCUCCGCAUCUCCUUCCCCGACUACGUUUACAACCCGGACAGCGAACAGACACCAUGGGAGGAAAUUUACGACGCCGCACCAAUUGAAGGCGCCAGUCUGAAGAUGCCCUUCAACGACAAAGGUAUAGCUUGCUUGAGUUUCAUCACUUUCAACUCCUCUCCUCAACGAGCGCAUUCUUGGUAGUUUCGUCUUACAACCAUGCUUGGAAUAGAAUCUACUUUGAAUGAGAAUUAUAUGAUGCAGAUGUGAGGUUCCAUCGAACUACAUGUGGUAGAAAAAAAUCUCCUACAGGUAUAAAACCUAACCGCGACACGAAGCAGAGCGCGAAGCUGGAGAACCGGCCGAAGCUGCCGGUGGGUACGUUUCUGGUGAACUUGGUGGCCUCGCAGGUGGAGGAAUCCACCAUGGAACUGCUGUACGGGCCGGACGAUAAGGAGGACCUGAAGUGGUUAUCGGACGGAAGCAUCCGGCUCGACAUGGAAAAUCCCCCGCCCGUGGCGAACAUCUGGAUUUUUGCCUCCAACAAGGCGAUCAAGCACGACCAGCUGCUUCUGCUGCACAACCUGCAGAACGACCCCAACAUCUGCGACGACGACAGCGACAUUGAGGAAUACCUGCAGAUCUGCUCCACCUCCGCGAGCAGCGGGGGCGGUGCUCCCAGCACCCGGCCGCAGUCCGGCCGGAGCCACUACCUCACCAACGACGAUGGUGCCUCCACCGAAGGCCACCAGCACCAUCUUGAGCGGCCCAUUUUGGAUGUGUACGAAACGGUAAAGAAGGGCCUACUCGGCUCGUGGGUCGACAGCAAGGGCCAGUUUCUGGAGGUGAUUCCCUUCGAGGGGCCGGAUUUGCACCGCCUCAACGUCGUAGCCAACGAGGACGGAACCCGGUUCAAAGUGGCGGAAAUCGAAAUCAGCGAGGACGUGUUCUCUAGUCCAGUGCCAGUCUAUUUUAAACCCAUCGACCACCACGGCGCUCCUGCACAUGAUCCACCGAGCAAAAAUUCUGCCAAAAAAAUAGAUCCAGCAAAAACUACUACUGCUGGUGCCUCGAGAACCUCGGGAGACAAAGUUUCUUCUGAGGACGACUUUUUGAAGCGGAAAAACACGGAGGGGGCCAUGAAAGAGGACCAUAAUUAUAAUUCCGGCUCAGCGGCGGGAAGGUCCUCUCCGAGUUCAACAGCAGCGAAGCAGGAAAACAAGAGCACAAACGAUAGUAGUACAACAACAUCAAAAGGAGCUGCACCAGGCCACGGCCAGCACGACAAAAGCACCGACGACGACUCGGACGACGAGGGCAACACUGUGUUUGUGUGGCAGUACACGGCGGGGGAUCCAUUUGGCGUCUGGCACGACGUGGAUGCGGACGAGGAGGACGGCGCCGACGCGCUAGCUGACUCGUGGAUGUGGCGCAAACCCGCAGUGCCCAUCGUGGAGGAGUGGCCCAGCUUUGGGAGCGAAAUAUGCGUCGAGGUCGGCGAAUCCGUCGAGAUCGACGCAAAAUUCAUGGUGCUUGCGGCAAAAGUCUACGCAAUUGGCCAGGAUGAAACGGUACUUAUAAAGAAAGUACUUACUACUUGAGUGCUUUUGUUGAGACCGCGUGCAAGUAGGUGUACUGCGUAAAUCUGAACCUAGUUUCUGUAGAAGACAGAGAAAGAUGUUUUAUGACUACGCGUCUUGUACCCCUAGAAGUUGUUCUUCGUAUAGUUUGGGAGGAGAAUGUGAAUGCCAUCGCUUUUUCAACACUUGAAUAAAUGUCGUUUACUUAACUAUGUUGUUUGAUUCUCAGACGUCGAAGCUGCUGACCGAGCUGGUGUGGCGUGGCUGCGUGAUUUUCAGUGCGGAAGAUUUUGACGAAGGUGUGGUCGGUGGCAGCGUGAACGUCGCUAUGGCCAGCAUCGGGUCCGCGGCCGUGGGUCUCCGCGCUGUUCUGGACCUGCAGGCGUUCAUCCCGGGCGACAAAGUUUCCGCCCUAACGGUGCUAGCAAACAACCCGGCCACGGAACAAGCGUUUAACGGAGUGGUACGCUUAUAUAGCAGUUCUUCGUUGUUUCCUGUUGUCAUCGUAGUGGUACACUGUAUGCGUUAACAAGAAUGAUCAAACCAUAGAGCAGCAUAUGCGGUGGGCUGCAACAGCAUGGGAGCAGCUACACAGUGGAGCCGAGGGUAAAUGUCUAUAGUAGUUUUUUUUUCCAACUACACAUCAGAUAAGCAAGCCCUACCUCUCUCCUUUGGUUGAAGUGCUUGGCAACUACAAGCAAGAUUUGCUGGAAGGCGAUCACUACCCGGAAAUGCGAGACCUUGCGGUCACAAAAGUGGAGGCCGGGCAGAACAAGGCCUCCAAGUUUGCGAAGGAAAUUCGGAACGCAGUCCUGCGCGGCGACGAUAUUACCGCCUGCAUUGGCGAUUUCGAACUGUUCGACGCAGUCAUGGAAGGCUACCGCCGAGCGGCUGGUGGAUAAGCCGCAGCGGCUUGUGUAAGUACUUAUUUACUCCAGCGGCCGAUAAUACCGGGAUUACGGUUGGUUUAUUUGAAUAAAAGUAUUUUCUGAUUGACGUCCAGGUUCAGGUUCACCGUCCGCUACUGUAGCGAGUAGUCCACGAAAGAAGUGAUGUGGCCUAUUACAAGAAACUAACAUCCAAUGCAGGUGAGUCUGAUUAGUUACUCACCCCUCCAGCGAUUCUGAUUUUGAAUAGGACCAGUUUUUUCCGAGAAUACAGCAUGCAACUGUGAUGUGAGCAGUUUUGAUGUCAUAUAAGUUAGUUGUAUAAAGCACACCGACGUUCCGAAAAAACUGUAAAUUUUUUGUCAAAGUGAAAGUAAGACUAGGAGGGCACCCUGCCUCUACCACACACGGUGUUCGGCCGCGUCACUUAAUCUUUUUUAUCCAUAGACUACAUAUAAGGAAUUAUGCGAGGUUCUCCGUCUUUUUCUUCGGCUUUAUCUACAUUAGAGCUCAAGCAGCUCCUGUCCGACUGGUGAACGCUGCUGUGCCUUAUCAGGAAUAACGCAGUAGCUCCCCCCGCACCUUCUAGGCUGGCCUGUUGUUCUUUGUGCUGGCUACGUGCCUGCGCCGGCAACACUUCUUGUUUUCAUCUCUAUUGAUUUAAUUUCAAACGUAACAGCAUAUACUUGAAUUUUCAUCUGUGUGUAGACAAUUUUUGGAACUACUCACUAUCAUAAAGUAGGUCUUCUUUUUUCCGUCCCUAACCCUGAGCUCCAUGAUUGUGAUUUCAGCUUUUCCUUCGAGUCCUGCCCAAGAAUCGGAAGAGAAGUACAACGAAAGCGACAAAGUGCGACACGAUGAAUUGAAGCGAAGCGAUCAAGUAUGCCA